UCUUGUGUGUGUGCAGUUGCCACUUUUGAGCGCAUGUCGAAUCGCAGCAGCCCAGGCAGUUGUGUGUGUGUGAGUUAAGGAGGGAAAAGUGAGUCAGGACCUUCUCCUCUACUGCCGCAGUUGUGCCUCUCUUUUGUGUGUGUGUCGGUUGAGUUACGUAACAUCAUUGGGGUGGUUGUACAAAUUUGGGCGCCUCUUGCAAAGAAGAUUGCAGUUGUGUUCCAACGAACAUGUUGACGAGUCGAAGUGGUUCAACUGUCACCGAUGUUGACAGCAAACCCACCAACGAAUAUCACGACGAGAAACCCAGUAAGAAACGUGGCCGAUUUGUUUCGCGACUAUUCCAGGUGAGCCGCAGCAGCAGCAGUCACGCCAAAAAAAUGAGUAGCAGUAGCAGCAACUCCCGGCCGGAAUCGACUUCAUCGCCUGCGGCCAGUAGCGCCGCCACGACACCUUAUUCCCGGUCGACGAGUGAGCAGCAACCCGCGUACAAGCGAGUGCUACGUGAUGUGCCAGUUGCCGAUUCCGCCGAGAUGCAACAACAAUCUGAACUCGUCUUCGUGACGUCAUCGCCGGCCGAUUCCUGGAAGGAAGAAAUGGCCAAACUGACGAGAUCCAUCGCACAGCACAGCAGCAGUGGUGGUGGAAUCAAUCACGAAGAUGAAUGGAAAGCGGCUAGAAAUUUAGCCUCGUCCGUCAUCCGAGCCUGGGUCGUGCGCCCAGGGGCUGGCACCCAAUCGACAGUCAUCCCUGGACCGGAGAGUUUCGCCGAGAGGAACAAACGCGAUUGCCUGUCGUGUCCUAAAUGCGGGGGAGUGUUGUACCAGGUGGUGAGCCUCGCGUGCGGCCACAGUUUCUGCCGGAAAUGCGCCACGGCCCUGGAUCAUUGCUACAAAUGCAACAGGGCCGAUAAUCCGGCCGGGCAGCCGGAUCAGCUUAAAACCAAUGUCACCGUCUCGACCUUGGUGGCCAAGUGGUGGGCAAACGAACUCACAGCCGUCGAGUUACGUAACCUGGGUAAUCAGGACUUUAGCAGCCAACAAUACGACCAGGCCCUGGACAAAUACAAUCAAGCUGCUCAAUCUGCGGCUGGCGACUUUACUUUGCUGAGCAACCGAUCGCACUGUUUCUCCAAAAUGGGGAAAUUUGAAGAAGCGCUCAAAGAUGCCGAUUUGGUCAUCCGGUUGCGACCCAAUUGGCCCAAGGGUUACUAUCGUCGUGCUGAGGCGCUGAAAGGUCUCGGCCGUCACGAAGACGCUCUCCUUUCCUUGUUGCAUUGUGCAGCCAUGGAACGGACGUUAAUGUCAGACGUCCGGGAUGACAUCGCAAAGGCAUUGUAUGGCAUUGUGUCAUCAGCUGCCAAACAAAAGACUCUGCGCAUGGUCGACCGCACCAUGGCCGGCGGAAAUACGAGCCGGGCAAGUGACAAUGACGACUCUAGUUCAUCCAGUUCCGAUGGAACUGUCAUGGCGGCAGCCGCCAGCCGAUGUCUAACAUCCGAAACGGAGGAGGAAGACGACAGUGACGUCCUGCGCAAUUCACCCGAGCGGAUGAUGGCCCUAUCCAUCCACCAACAAGACAUCCACCCCAAAUUGCACCAACUCAUCGACCGCAUCCUCUCCGAACUCGAAAGACUUCAAAAAUCGUCUCAAAGUGUUUCCAUCCGGAUGGUGGAUCCGGCCAAAGUUGACAUUGUGGAUUUCGAGUGCACACUCUGCUGCCGUCUUAUGUGGCAGCCGGUGACGACCCCGUGCGGUCACUCGUUUUGCCGGACGUGCCUCGAUCGAUGCAUGGACCACAAGGCGGCCUGCCCACUCUGUCAGACUUCGUUGGAGACCUACCUGGCCGAGCGUAAGCAGUGCUUAACCGAAUUCCUUGACUACGCCAUGGCAACGUACCUGCCGAACGAAUAUGCGGAACGAUCACGCCUUCACGACGAAGAGAUGAAGGAGCUCGCUUCCUCCCACAAUAUUCCGAUUUUCAUCUGCACCAUGGCGUAUCCGACAGUCAAAUGUCCUUUGCACGUGUUUGAGCCUCGCUAUCGGCUCAUGAUCCGACGGUCUAUGGAGUCGGGUUCCAGGCAGUUUGGCAUGUGCUCCUACGUCCAGGAUCAGCCGCAAGGAUUCGCUGAAUUCGGCACAAUGUUGGAAGUCAACGACGUUGAAUUCUUCCCGGACGGGAGAUCGGUCGUAGAAACGGUCGGCGGCCGUCGCUUCCGCGUCCUCAGACGGGGUGUCCUCGACGGCUACUGCACGGCCACUGUCGAGUAUUUAAUGGAUCAGCCCGUCGAUCCGUCCAGAGUCGAGACGGUCAAAGCUUUACACGACCGUGUCCGUCAAGAAGCUCAAAAUUGGAUCAGUUCAGCUCCAGCCAAUCUCCGACAGCGGAUACUGGGCCAUUUUGGAGUCAUGCCCGAUGUCGAACCCGAUUGGAUCACCCUUCCUAAUGGGCCGGCUUGGCUCUGGUGGCUCAUGGCCAUCCUACCACUCAACCCUAAAGCUCAGGUGGCGACAUUGUCGAUGACUCAAAUUGAAAAAAGGUUAGAGGCCAUCCAGCGAGGUGUGGCUUACGUCCGGCAACGGACCUUGUGACUACUACCCAAUUAUUUACUGUCAAACUUCAAUCAUCAUCCAAUCCUGGUCUGGUUCUGUGUUAUUUUGGUAGUAGUUGCUGCCUAUUAUUUUACUACCAUUUCGUCAUCGAUGGGUCCAAAUUGACUCGGGAGAAUUAAUAACAAAAGCAAAAUGAAACUUAUUCGAUCGGGAGUUGGCAAAAUGAAAGAGAAAAGAGCGUUUGAUUUAUUAUUAUUAAAAUAUUAUAUAAUCCUGGCAUUCCCUCGUAAAUUAUAUUCUAGAUAGAAUUAAUGGACCGAUGGAAUUAUAUACAAAAAAGUUCGCAAUUUGGCAAAGUGUUUGGCUAGUCUUUUCCCUCCCCUUAUUUGCAUUGAUGACUAACAAAAUUGAACACAUUCAUAAGCUGUUACUAAUUGGGAAUGAGACUAUCUUUGUAUGCAUCCAUUUUGAACACACUGAAACAAAAGAAUUCAACUAUUACAUCAACUAUAUCAACUUUGGGUUGGUUUAUUUUCCUCUAGCUGUAAAAUACACAACAUUUUUCGUUGGA